AUGGCCGAACGAGUUAUCGUGCGUGACGCUCUGAACGAACUCGAUGAUAAAAGGAUCAAACAAAUCAAACCGUUGAUUCCACCACAAAUCUUAAUGGAAGAUUUUCCGUUAACACUCCAAGCAGCACAAAGUGUGAUUCUCGGUCGAACAAAUGCAGAAGCUAUAAUUAAGGGUGAAGACGAUAGGCUACUGGUUAUUGUUGGACCUUGUUCCGUACACGAUGUUAAAUCGGCUGUCGAAUAUGCCGGAAAGUUAAAAGCGUAUGCAGACACUGCAUCGAGUGAUUUAUGCAUAAUCAUGCGAGUUUAUUUUGAAAAGCCACGAACAACUGUUGGAUGGAAAGGUUUAAUAAAUGAUCCACAACUGAACAACAGUUUCCAAAUCAACAAAGGACUUCGGCUUGCACGCGGCUUACUCUUAGAACUCAAUGAACUCGGGGUACCGUGCGGAUGUGAAUUCUUGGAUACUCUUACACCACAAUUCAUAGCUGAUUUGGUUUCAUGGGGAGCAAUUGGUGCAAGAACUACAGAAUCACAAGUUCAUCGCGAGUUAGCAUCCGGAUUAUCAGUUCCAGUCGGGUUCAAGAAUGGUACGGAUGGGAACAUUAAUAUCGCAAUGGACGCAUUAAAAGCAGCCAGCGUGGGCCAUCACUUUCUUUCCGUUACAAAACAAGGUCUAAGUGCCAUCGUCGCAACUAAUGGUAAUGACAGCUGUCACAUAAUACUCCGAGGUGGUAAUGAGGGGCCGAAUUAUUCUCAGGAGCACGUAAAAGAAAUAAUAUCCACUUUGGCGGCUGCAAAGUUAUGCCCGAGAGUAAUGAUUGACUGUAGUCAUGGAAACAGUCAGAAGAUCUUCAGUCGACAAGUUGAUGUCGCAAAGGAUAUCGCUGAGCAAUUGAAAUCUUCCGUAACGGGAGAUGGCAUUCUUGGAGUAAUGAUCGAAUCACAUUUAAAAGAAGGCAACCAAAAACUCACAUCAGCGGGACCAUCGGCUCUAGUUUAUGGGCAAUCAAUCACAGACGGAUGCAUCAGUUGGGAAACAACCGUAGAGGUCUUGGACAUAUUACGUGCGGGCGUCCAAGCACGUCGAGCACGCAGACAAUAG